UCAACGAGUUUGAACAAGCAAACGGCAAACCGAUGCCGCCUUCUCUCCCUCCUCUCACCCCGACGAGUCUGGGCCUCCUCUACCGCUUCCUAGCCUCGCCGUCCUCGGCGCCCCCGCCGCUGCCCGUGCUCCUCCGCCUGCACGCUCUCGCUGCCACCUCGGGCCUCUGUUCCCGCCCAGACUUCGCCGCCAAGCUCGUCUCCGCCUACUCCACCUCCGGCCGCCCCGGCCUCGCCGCCCUCGCCUUCUCCGCCUCCCCCUGUCCCGACACCUUCCUCUGGAACUCCCUCCUCCGCUCCCACCAUUGCGCCUCCGACUUCGCCUCCGCGCUCUCCGCUCACCGCCGCAUGUGCGCCUCUGGCGCGCGGCCCUCCCGGUUCACCGCGCCCAUCGCCGCCUCCGCGGCCGCCGAGCUCGCGGCCCUCCCGGUCGGUUCCUCCGUGCAUGCCUACUCCGUCAAGCUCGGCCUCCUGGUAGGCGAUGGUUCCCUCGCGGUCUCGUCGUCGCUGGUGUACAUGUAUGCCAGGUGCGGCUGCAUUGACGACGCUAUGAAGCUGUUCGACGAAAUGGCUGAGAGGGACGUCAUCACGUGGACCGCGGUGGUCUCUGGGUGCGUUAGGAAUGACGAGUGUGAGAAGGGGAUGAGAUACUUGGUGCAGAUGGUUAGGCUAGCGGGUGAUGGCGGCGCGAGGCCAAAUUCACGGACAAUGGAGAGUGGGUUGGAGGCUUGUGGAGUGCUAGGCGAGCUGUCUGCUGGGAGAUGCUUGCACGGGUACACGGUGAAGGAAGGGAUUGGAGAUUGUGCGUUGGUGGUUUCCGCACUUUUCUCAAUGUACUCAAAGUGCGAUAGGACUGAGGAUGCAUGUGUUUUAUUCCCGGAGUUGCCAGAAAAAGAUGUGGUUACCUGGACUAGCUUGAUUGGAACCUAUUGUAGGAGAGGACUUGAUAGGGAGGCCGUGGAGUUGUUCCAGGAGAUGGAGGUGUCUGGUCUGCAGCCAGAUGAAGUUCUUGUUAGCUGUGUACUUUCAGGGUUAGGGAACAGUGGGAAUGUGCGUAGGGGGAAGGCAUUUCAUGCAGCUAUAAUUAAGAGAAACUUUGGAGACAAUUUGUUGGUUGCCAAUGCUUUGAUUUCAAUGUACGGGAAACUUGAGUUGGUAGAUGCUGCAGGCAAAGUUUUUGGAAUUUUGCAUCAACGAGAUGCAGAAUCAUGGAGUUUGAUGGUUGUAUUAUACUGCAAAGCUGGACUUGAUGUCAAAUGCUUGGAGUUGUGCCGAGAAAUGCAUUGUAGAGAUCAUGAUGAAUUUUUGUGUGAUAUCAACAGCUUGGUUUCCACAAUCUCUUCUUGUUCACGGCUAGGAAAACUGCGGUUAGGUCAAUCAGCUCAUUGUUUUUCGAUCAAGUGCUUGCUUGAUGAAAUUUCAGUUGCCAAUGCAUUAAUUGGCAUGUAUGGAAGGUGUGGGAAAUUUGACCUUGCAUACAAAAUAUUUGGUGUGGCCAAAGUGAGGAGGGAUGUUGUCACCUGGAAUGCACUCCUAUCCAGCUAUUCACAUCUAGGACAUUCAAAUGAUGCCCUGUCACUAUAUGAUCAGAUGCUCACUGAAGGUGUCCAACCAAACUCUGCAACCUUGAUUACUGUCAUUUCAGCUUGUGCAAAUUUGGCUGCACUGGAACAUGGUGAACUGAUACAUUCUUAUGUGAAAGAUAUGGGGUUGGAAUCUGAUGUAUCUAUUAGUACAUCACUUGUUGACAUGUAUACUAAAUGUGGGCAGCUGGGAAUUGCAAGAGGAAUUUUUGAUUCUAUGCUCGUACGGGAUGUUGUUACAUGGAAUGUGAUGAUAGCAGGCUAUGGGAUGCAUGGCGAUGUGAAGCAAGCACUGCAGUUAUUUAGUGAGAUGGAGAGAGGAACUAUUAAGCCUAACAGCGUCACUUUUCUUGCCAUUCUGUCUGCUUGCUGCCAUGCAGGGUAUGUUGAUGAGGGCAGGAAGCUGUUCAUCAGAAUGGGGGAAUACUGCCUUGAACCUAACCUGAAGCAUUACGCAUGUAUGGUGGAUCUCCUAGGGAAAUCUGGGCAUCUUCAAGAAGCAGAAGAUAUGAUUUUGGCUAUGCCAAUACAACCUGAUGGUGGGGUAUGGGGGACUUUGCUUAGUGCCUGCAAAAUGCAUGACAAUUUCGAGAUGGGGUUAAGAGUUGCAAAGAAGGCUUUUGCUUCUGACCCAGGAAAUGAUGGGUACUAUAUUUUAAUGUCCAAUUCAUAUGGCAGUGCUGAAAAAUGGGAAGAGAUAGAGAGACUGAGGGACACGAUGAAGAAUCAUGGAGUGGAAAAAGGUGUGGGCUGGAGUGCGGUUGAUAUUUGGGUGUGAGUUAACAGUUAUGGCAUAACUACAGCCGAGACUAUAGAAGGGUAAAUAACUAAUUGACCGCAUUAGCUCAUUUACAUAAAUUCUGGAAUCAGCUUUAGAGAAUAUAAUGACCGGCUGACUGCUACCGGUGCAAAUGGUUAAGGUCUGUUGCAAGAGCCAAGAAGUUUGUGAAUUAUGCAUCCAUUGUGCAUUUAUCUUCUUCAAUAGUCCGUCUCAUUAGAGCGUGGCGGCAAAAGUCCUCUUAUUAUCCGAGGUGAUGUUGCUAAUAUUGGCAAAG